ACAGGUACCACUUCAAAGCUCGAAUAUCCGGCCUCUGAUCUGAUUGCUGCAGACCCGUCAGUCCUUAUGCUCAGAAAAUUAUAUGUCGGGUCCGUCGCCGCCACAUCUCUCUGCAUAACUGCCAAAGCUGUUCGAAAAUGUUUUAGAGAAGGGGUAUUGCCCGACCAUGGAACAGUAUGUAACAUUGAGGAUAGCAUGUUCCUAGAUCAGCCAAGAACAUUAGUGACGGUGUUGAAAGAGGAAGAGUCCAAACUUUGA